AUGACCGAGUGGACGCUGCUGAAGCGGCUCCUUGAUGCCGUGCAUCAGCAUUCGACCUUGAUUGGCCGGAUCUGGCUGACAGUGAUGGCGAUUUUUCGGUUGCUGGUGGUUGCCGUGGCAGCAGAAGACGUGUACGCCGACGAGCGUACUAUGUUUGUCUGCGACACACUGCAGCCAGGCUGUGCCAAUGUGUGCUACGAUGCCUUUGCGCCCAUCUCUCAGCCACGUUUCUGGGUCUUCCAUAUUGUCGCCGUGUCCACGCCGUCACUUUUCUUCAUUCUCUACACCUGGCACAACCUUUCCAAGAUGGCACCUGGGCAAAACACGGACGAGUGUGUGCGGAACUGUAAUUCUGAUAGCUGCUCCAUCACGUCUCAUUAUCACCCGAGAGACAAGGUGGGUCAUGUUCUGGAAAAAAACACGUGCGUUUCACUAACUCGCGGCACCCUGAGCCAAAAACAUAUCUCUCCGACAAGAGGUUCCUCAGGAGUCCUGUCCAAAGCCUACGUGCUCCAUGUGUGUUUUCGUGCCGUGUUGGAGCUGGCAUUUCUUUCCCUUCAGUGGCUGCUUUUCGGGUUCUGCGUGCCAGUUCGUUUCACGUGUGCCGUCCCUCCUUGUCCUCAGCGCGUGGACUGCUACGUCUCACGUCCCACGGAGAAGAGCAUCUUCCUCAUCUUCAUGUUCUGCGUGGGGGUCUUCUGCAUCUUACUAAACUUCCUGGAGCUCAAUCAUCUCGGCUGGAAGAAGAUCAGAAGGUCGAUGCGAGUAAAGGAAGGAUGGAGGAGCAGUAUUUAUGGAGCAAUAAAUGAGAACAGACGCUCUGGGACGAGCAGUACGACGUCUCUGCCUACACUGGAGCUGCUAGUGGAGAAUCAACCUGAGUGGACAUGUGCAGGAAAUGAGUGCUGCUCACCAUUAAAACAGGAGAAAGAAUUGUCUGAAAAGUCACUGCAGAAAGAGACACACAACGCAACACAAGUACUGAGAGGAAAACCACAUUCCCAUAAAGGAAGACUUUCCAAACGAAGUGCUGAAGUCUGGAUAUAA